AUGACACAAUCACCUUCAUCAAAUCAGGGUGGUAAUGACAAGAGCAAAAACUUUCCCAGCCGUAUCAAAAGCUUUUUCAUCAAGUCAUCUUCUCCAACUAGUCCCAACAAUUCCUUACAACCGAGAAUUUCAUCACCUAACUCUCCAAAUCUUCCCAAAACUGCAAGUUCCAACACUCUUCCUAUUCAUAUUCAUAAUAAUAACAAUAAUAUCGAGAACUCUCCAUCAUUCACCAGAAAGAGUAGUGCUAGCAAUGAAAUAUCAUCAGUAUUAUCUUCCUCUCCACUUGUUAAUUCCCCAUCAUUAAAUUCAUCGUCGAAUAUCAAUAAUAUUCGGCAUAGUAACAAUCAAUUUUUGAUGGUUUCUCCAUCAUUGAAUAAUAAUAAUAAUAUUUCUCCACCUAAUAAUAAUAAUAAUUCUAAUAAUUAUUAUUCAACAACGGGAACAACAACUUCAAACACUACAUCAUCUAACGAGGCAAUUUCCCCAAAUACCAAUAAUGGUGGUAGUGCUGCUGCUACUACUAGUGGAGGAGGACAACAACAAAACGACAACAACAACAACAAUAUUCAGCAGCAUCAACUCGAGCCAAUUGUUUUUGAUUCGCCAAACUCACCUCCAAAUCACAGUAAAAACAACGGGUCGUUUUUGGCGGGAGAAUUUGAUAAGAAAAAAAAUCAUCAUGAGCCUACAGUUUCAUCCUCAUCCAAUUAUACGACCACUUCGACAUCAAAUUCUAUCGGAAGUGGUGGAGGUGGUAGUAGAAGAAUGGAUAGUACAGUAUCGGAUAUUGUUGUUGGAGGACAUAUUUUGUCAAGUUCAGUGAUGAAUAGUGAUUUGAUGCAAUAUGAUUGA